CUGACUGGACAGGACAAGGGUGAUCCUAAGAGAGGAGGGUAAUGGGGAGAGAAGCAUUAGGGUAGCAGGGUACAGUGUAGCAGGAUAGCAGUAGAGUACAUGGUCCACUGGUUCAGAACUGGACCCUUCAUAACAUGGCUUCUUAGAGAGGACACUGGAGGGAAUGAAGGAGGAAACUCCAGUGGAUGAUGUUGCAGCUGACCCACGUGUUUGCCUUAUCUGUGGAGACCGCGCCACAGGCCUGCACUAUGGCAUCAUCUCCUGCGAGGGCUGCAAGGGCUUCUUCAAGCGCAGCAUCUGCAACAAGCGCGUGUACCGCUGCAGCCGUGACAAGAACUGCGAGAUGUCGCGCAAGCAGCGCAACCGCUGCCAAUACUGCCGCCUGCUCAAGUGUCUACAGAUGGGAAUGAACCGCAAAGCAAUCAGGGAAGAUGGCAUGCCAGGAGGGAGAAACAAAAGCAUUGGGCCUGUCCAGAUCACAGAUGAGGAGAUUGAGCGGAUCAUGUCGGGACAGGAGUUUAAGGAGGAAGCCAGUCUCCCGGAGCACACCUGGAGCAACAAUGGUGACAGUAGUGACCACAGUUCCCCUAGCAACGGCGCCUCCGAGGGCAACCAGCCAUCACCCGCAUCCACUCUGUCAUCCAAUCGCUCUGUAGAGAUGAAUGGCGGCUACACGGCUGCUCUCAGGGACCAGUACAUGAACACCCCCAUGAACACCCCCUACCAGCUGCUACCUCACCUCUUCAGCUACCAUGCCCAGCCAGGCCUGCUGGCCCCCCAGCCCCGCAACCUCUACCCCCAGUCACACCCCCUGGUGAUAAGGUCCUCUCCUCAAUGUGUCCCUGUCUGCCGUGCAGAUAUCCGCGGUCUGACUAACGUCUCCCAGUUGGAGCAGCUGAACAAGCGCUACUGGUACGUGUGUCAGGACUACACUGAGUACAAGUACCCUCACCAGCCCAAACGCUUCCCCGAGAUCAUGAUGUGUCUGCCAGAGAUCCGCUUCAUGGCAGGCAAGCUGGUGAAUGUUCCCCUGGAACAGCUCCCCCUUUUGUUCAAAGCAGUCUUGCACUCCUGCAAAUCCAGCCUAAUCAGCUACAGGACAGGAAGUUCCCCCUGUCUGACUUCUACGGGUACCUCCCCUGGGAACUGAGCCCUGCCCUGCUGGCUCUAGGACCACCCCUUUACUCAGAGCUGGCCUAGGGGGCAGGGCAAGGGACUGGUCCUCCUUCCUGUGAAUGUGACAAGCAGCUAGUUUUAUAAAGCUUUUUUUCUCUAUAUAUUUAUUACACGACAGAGCUGAAUGUAUGCUGAUUUAUGCUGUGCACAUGCUUCUGUACAAACUAAAUGCACAUUGAUGCAUUGGUCUUUGGAGUUUACACGUGUGUAUCCGAUUGCUCAAUGUGUCGGUGUUGCCAUUGUUAGAACUUGAUUUGAAACAUUUAUUUUGUUCGGAUGGGGCCGGAUAUAAAUGAGUUGACAAGUGUUUUGAGACUACCUCAGGAAGAUGUUGUUUCUAUUUUCAGGUACCUUUUUCUCGCUGUUUUGAAAUGAAGAGUUGCUCAGUCUAAAUCCAAUCCCUGUAAAUGCUUUAAACUCCUGAAUCAUAGAUUGAUAAGUAGGCCUUUACCACAAAAUUGACCAAAGGCAUUGCUGUAUUUUGAACCAAAGAUAAAAAAGUGUUCACCCCUGCAAUCAACAAAUGAAUGUUCACUACUGGUGUAUUGUCCCCCUUCUUGUAGUAUUUUUCUAUACUGUGUUACCCACACUAUCUCUUACAGAACCCACAGACAGACUUCCUGUAAGGGAUGGGCUGGUCAGUUUUGAGGUGACAUUUAGCUGGAUUGUGGGAUCUUCGUAGAAAACGAGCAUACGGGUAUUUUCUACAAUCAUAGACUGCGGAACAAAUUGAAUUGCAGAGGUAGAGGAAGUUUGCUAUUAGCUGUAUUGAUUUUUGUUGUUGUUGACCAAAGUGUUAUGCAAAGCUUUUUCAAGCAGAACCCAUAGAUGGGUGAUGAGCCGAUAGCUCAAUGUAAUGAUUUCUUAUCAAUGAAGGACCCGAAUAAGAAAUGAAUCAAUGUGCGUCGGAGCUGGAGGGGAGAACUUCUGCUGACAGACAGACACACAGUGUAGCUGGUUCCCAUCCUAACCCCUAAUGCUGAGACACCACAGACAAAGGCCCCACUGUCUUCCCUCCUAGUCCCUGUAGCACCCAUCUGUUUCUCCAGACAUACAACUUUUAGCCCUCCACUGGUACUCCCUUGCCCAAUCCUUAGCCUCUGCACAUGCUCAUUGGGUCGGUGGUCCGGUCCGCACAGUUAGGCUAGAAGGACAUGCUGGCCUGCUCAUUUUUACUACUACAUCUUUAGACAGUGUUGGGUUUGGAAUGCUCAGGUGACUACUUUUGGCUGUAAAAGAGGAGAGAUGGAGGAGACAUUAGGGGCUUGUCUAUUAAUCUGGAAGGACUAGAGGUUACUUCCGGCUUGCACAUCAUCUGAGACAGAUAUGCACAUUGUUUAAAAAAAGAAAAACAUACAGAGAAAUAGGUUCUUUAUUUUCUAUGUAUGAGAUGAUCAUUUUGCCCACUUGAAGAGUCUUUUUUGAUCAUUCAGGUUUUAUCUGUUUCAUAGUAACCGUUGUUUGAACAUUUGGGGCAAUGCAGUCCUUCAAAUGACUCUCUUUUAUGCGUGCUGUGGUGAGGCAGGACACAUUCUUUGACCAUGACCUUGGCAAAGUCCCCACCCUGCAUGCUCCUCUCUCUCAGGUCCUUGUGGACCUGUAUUUAAACAGGGUAAAGUGAGUGUUAUGUAUUGCAUUCAGGAGUUAUUCAGUGAUCACAAUGCUGAUGUACUUGUAGGAUUCGUAGUCGUAGGAUUCAGGACAUUGUAGGUCCUUUUUAGAAGGUGUUUUCUUUUUCAAAUAUUUUCCUGUUUUAUGAAAGUGAAUGUGUUGGUUAUAAGGGCAUGUUUUAGAACAGAUUGUUUUCGAACAGAUUUAAAACAACUGGUGAACCAGUGCUCCCAGUUAAGUGUUGAGAUGAUUUGGCUGAAGGUGGCCUGAGACAGGGCCGAAAAUGCCAGAGAUGUCCCCUUUCCAAACUGAGCAUGCUCAAAAUAACCUCAACUAUCAGGUCGGCUUACUCUCUCCCUUCACCACUACUGUAAGUCCAGCCUAGUUUGUCUAUCUCAGCCUUAACACUACUACCUGCCUUAAAGGAGUACUCCACCCAAAAAACGAUAUUUUGUUAUUUGCUUCAUUUGUCCAUUGUUGACAUAGUCCCAAAAUGUUUUGCUUGUCAGCAAUCAAUUUUCAAGAUAUGUAACUUUUAAAAUACAGAAAUCAUCCCCCAUAUGAUGCAUCUCUGGGUGGAAUGUUCCUUUAACACUAUCUGUACUAUCUUAUGCCCUGAACCACCCUUUGAAUACUUUCACCAAUGGUGUGUUCUUUGUUUCAGUAGUUUUCAAGUAGCCACCUUUCCAUCUUUUUUU